CACCGACCCCAGCCCCCAGGAGAAGACACACACACAGUUCUCCCGCCUUCCACACCCGUCCCCCAGCCCUCGUUGGCCACGGAGGGUUCCGAGUGCUCUGAGCCAGCCAACGAGGUGGCAGGAGAAGACGUGACCAGGGACGACAGAGAUGAGGCUCCUCUUGACCAAUCAGGGGGCGGCGGCGGCGUGGAGGAUCAGGUGACUGAGUGUGGCCAAUUGGUGAGCCUGGAGGCGGAGACCGCUGCUGCCGAGGGGGAGGAAGAGGACUCUCUUCAGGUCAAGGGGAAAGGUUGGGGUGGAUGGGGCUCCUGGGAGUCUCUACUGACCAGUGCCACAUCUACUGUGGGUAACAGUCUAACUUCAGUAAAGGAGAAGGCCGGAGCUCUGCGUCUUCACAGGACCUCAGUAGGAGAGGAGGCGCGAGAGGAGGGAGAGGAGGAGAGGAAGGAGGGAGGAGAGGAAGAGGAGGAUAGCUGUCCUCAGUCAGCCCUGGUCACCACUCCACCACCAAGCAGAGGAGUACUGUCUACCAUCACACACGCUGGUAAAUCAGUGAUCAGUGGAGGUCUCGAUGCCUUAGAGUUCAUCGGUAAGAGAACCAUGACGGUCCUGGCAGAGACUGACCCUGGUUUCAGGAAGACCAAGAUACUAAUGCAGAGGACUGUCUCUCUCAGCCAGAUGCUGAAGGAUGCCAAGGAGAAGGAGAGGGCUCGUCUCAGCUGCCAGCCAAUCAGUGAGCCCACGGCUCACUACGGGAUCCUGUUUGAUGACUACCAGGGCCUAUCACACCUCGAGGCUCUGGAGAUACUGGCCAAUGAGAGUGAGGCUAAGGUUCAGUCGUUCCUCUCCUCCCUGGAAGAGGAGGAUCAGGAGGAGAUAAAGAAAGAACUGAUCGCCAUCAAGGACAUCUUCGUCAGCCACACGGGAGAGGAGGAGGAGGAGGAGGGAGAGGGAGAGGAGAAGACGGAGGGAGAGGAGACAGUGGAUAGGGGUGAUCUAAGUCCCCAGUGUUCUACUCCUCUGUCAGCUGAUGGGGAGGAGUUUGUGAGUGUCCUGACUGAGUUGCUGUUUGAGCUUCACGUCGCUGCCACCCCAGACAAACUCAACAAGGCCAGGAUGAGAGCGCAUGAUUGGGUGAGAGAGGUGGAGAAACCUGUCGUCGUCACAGAUACCAUCGGGGGGGCGACGGAGGAGAAGCAAAGAGGGGAACCUGAAACAAGAGAGGGAGAAGAAGAGAAGAAAGAGGGGGAGGAGCUAAAGGAGAAGAAAGAGGGGGAGGAACUGGAGGAGAGGAAAGAGGAGGAGGAGCUAAAGGAGGAGGAGCUAAAGGAGAAGAAAGAGGGGGAGGAGAUAAAGGUGAAUGAGGAAGAGAGACAAUCCAGGUCUGUAGAGGCAGUGUACCUGUGUUCAGUGGGCUCCCUGGCGGAGGUGACAGCCCGCAGUAUCGAACAGCUCCACAAGGUGGCAGAGUUGAUCCUCCACGGACAGGACCUGGAGAAACCUGCCAGAGACCAGGCUCACAUACUCACCAGGUUGACGUGUGCCAUGUGUCGGGAGGUGGGUUGUCUUGCCAGGAAGUUCUCUGAUACUCUGCUCACCGUUGGGGUUCAGAGAAAAGCAGAAGAGUUGAACCCUUUGGUAGACAGUGUGCUGCUUGAGGGUUCUAACAGCACCACAUACAUCCAGAACGCCUUCCAGCUCCUCCUCCCGGUUCUCCAGAUGUCACACAUCCAGACCCACAGCUCUAGAACCCGCACAGAACCACAGCCCUAACCCUGUCGUAGCCACAGUAAACACACCUCAUACUGCUGAAGUGCUGUUAGCAUACUAGCCAGUCCUAAUGAUGUAACUAUGUACAGGAAGAUAGUGUGAUAUAUAUAUAUAAAUAACAGUGAUACGGAAGUCAACUACUAGGUUGCCAUAGUAACAGACUGACUACGAUAUUUUUUAACUAUUAUAUAAUUCAGUAACUUAGUAUAGUUUCAUGUAGGGAACAACUUCUCAGAUUGAAGAGCUUGUACUCAUGUCUUUUAAGCAUCUCCAAAUUGAUUAUUUUAUAUGUGUGUGUAUUACUGUUCAGAGGUAAAUCUAAACAUGAUUCAUGUCAACUGGCUAAUUUAACCCGGUGUAUCAGAUUAUGUUUUAUCGUUUUAAAAAGCGAAACCAAAAAAAAUAGUUUUGUUGUUAGAGUUUGUUUUUAGUGUCACGUAAACCAGAUCAGUACAGUGUAAUGUGUUGUUUAACAGUGGCGUACCUGAAGCAAAUUAGGGUUCAGUGCUUUUCUCAAAAGGCACAUCGACAUAAAUAAAACAUGUUUGUUACUUUGUCAGCUCAGGUGUUCGAACCAGAGACCUUUCGGUUCCUCGGCCCAAUGCGCUAACCGCUAAGCUACAUGCCGCAGGUAUUGAUGUUCCCUGCUUAAUGAAGGGGUGUUUCUUUACGUCGUAGAACAGCUAACCUUGUUUAAAUGGUAGAACAGCUAACCUUGUUUAAAUGGUAGAACAGCUAACCUUGUUUAAAUGGUUGAACAGCUAACCUUGUUUAAAUGGUAGAACAACUAACCUUGUUUAAAUGGUAGAACAGCUAACCUUGUUUAAAUGGUAGAACAGCUAACCUUGUUUAAAUGGUUGAACAACUAACCUUGUUUAAAUGGUAGAACAGCUAACCUUGUUUAAAUGGUAGAACAGCUAACCUUGUUUAAAUGGUAGAACAGCUAACCUUGUUUAAAUGGUAGAACAGCUAACCUUGUUUAAAUGGUAGAACAACUAACCUUGUUUAAAUGGUAGAACAACUAACCUUGUUUAAAUGGUAGAACAGCUAACCUUGUUUAAAUGGUAGAACAACUAACCUUGUUUAAAUGGUAGAACAGCUAACCUUGUUUAAAUGGUAGAACAGCUAACCUUGUUUAAAUGGUUGAACAACUAACCUUGUUUAAAUGGUUGAACAACUAACCUUGUUUAAAUGGUUGAACAGCUAACCUUGUUUAAAUGGUAGAACAGCUAACCUUGUUUAAAUGGUUGAACAGCUAACCUUCUUUAAAUGGUAGAACAGCUAACCUUCUUUAAAUGGUAGAACAGCUAACCUUGUUUAAAUGGUAGAACAGCUAACCUUGUUUAAAUGGUUGAACAGCUAACCUUGUUUAAAUGGUAGAACAGCUAACCUUGUUUAAAUGGUAGAACAGCUAACCCUGUUUAAAUGGUAGAACAGCUAACCUUGUUUAAAUGGUAGAACAACUAACCUUGUUUAAAUGGUUGAACAACUAACCUUGUUUAAAUGGUAGAACAGCUAACCUUGUUUAAAAUGGUAGAACAACUAACCUUGUUUAAAUGGUUGAACAACUAACCUUGUUUAAAUGGUUGAACAGCUAACCUUGUUUAAAUGGUAGAACAGCUAACCUUGUUUAAAUGGUAGAACAGCUAACCUUGUUUAAAUGGUAGAACAGCUAACCUUGUUUAAAUGGUUGAACAACUAACCUUGUUUAAAUGGUAGAACAGCUAACCUUGUUUAAAUGGUAGAACAGCUAACCUUGUUUAAAUGGUAGAACAGCUAACCUUGUUUAAAUGGUUGAACAACUAACCUUGUUUAAAUGGUAGAACAGCUAACCUUGUUUAAAUGGUAGAACAGCUAACCUUGUUUAAAUGGUAGAACAGCUAACCUUGUUUAAAUGGUAGAACAGCUAACCUUGUUUAAAUGGUAGAACAGCUAACCUUGUUUAAAUGGUAGAACAGCUAACCUUGUUUAAAUGGUAGAACAGCUAACCUUGUUUAAAUGGUUGAACAGCUAACCUUGUUUAAAUGGUUGAACAACUAACCUUGUUUAAAUGGUAGAACAGCUAACCUUGUUUAAAUGGUAGAACAGCUAACCUUGUUUAAAUGGUAGAACAACUAACCUUGUUUAAAAUGGUAGAACAACUAACCUUGUUUAAAUGGUAGAACAACUAACCUUGUUGAAAUGGUAGAACAACUAACCUUGACAUUAACGGACAAAGACAAAAGAGGACCAGAACUAUAAUGUUCUAUAUUUCUAUUUCUAUGUGUAUUUGUUUUCAGGUCCACUGGUUUAUUAAGUCGUUGUUUUGAUCAUUUAUGAAUCUGCUGCUAUGGUAACGGAGAUGGAAUCUGACAACGGAACCUUUAAUCACAAAAUGCCAACAACAAAAAAUAAAAAGACCUUUUUAAACCUUU